CAGGAAGAGGAGGAGCUUCAGAGCCUCAGCGCUUCAGGAAACAUGGUAGAGAGCAUCGUGGGACUUCCUGGUUCGGUCCAGGCGUUGCUCUGCAGCGCCGCCGCCGGCUUCGUGUUCGGAGAAGCUGCUUUAUUUGCAUCUGAACCUUCUCUGACCGCCGACGGCGUCCUGCUGAGCGCCGCCACGCUGGCCGCCGGUCGGACGGGAUCUACGGGCGUCAUGGUGGUGUCGGCGUGCCUCGUCUUCACCUCGGCGCUGCUGUCUCUGGGCAGCGGCUUCCUGCUCGCCGCCGUGACGAUGAAGCUGCUGGGUAAAGCCGGGGUCAGGUUGCCGUGGUUACCGGAGGUCCUGACCGGAGCCUCGGUGGUUCUGGGUGCCGUGGUAACCGGAGCGUUGGCCGGCCUCCUCCCUCCGUGGAUCUACGUGGGAGCUCAGGCGGCUCUGGUCCUGCUGGUCUACUCCUACUCCAACAUCAGCGACAUGACCACGGCGCUGCUCAUCAUCUUCACCACCCUCUUCCUCAGCGUCGCCUACGGCCGCAUGGGACUCAUCGCCGGACUGCUCCUGAUGGUUCUGACCACCGCCGUGCUGCUGGUUCUUCGUAGAACCUUCACAAAGCGUCUCACCAGAAGACCUGCGGCCAGAGGAGGCUGCAAGCUGCUGGAGCGGAUCGUCUUCUACUCGGUGUUUGUGGGGAUCCUGGGCUUCUUCGUGGGUCUGGGGUCCGGCCAGGCGGGAGACGGGUCGGAACCGGAGGUGGUUCUGGUGCUGCACUCGGUGCUGUGGGUGGCGUUCCUGUCGGCGGGGCUGCUGGGGGCCGGACUGGGAACGGUGGCGAUGGUUUCUCUCGGUCCGGCGGCGGCUCUGAAGGUGUCGCUUGGAGCUGCUGUUCUGACGUCUGCCGCCCUGAGACUCGUCCUGCUCUGGAGCUCCUCUCUGGAGGUCCGGAGCUGCACCGGAGCUGCACUGGGGGCGGCUGCAGCUGCGGGGGUGUCGCUGGGAGCUGCAAGCGUCGCAUCAAACCUCGCAUUCAGGUCCAGAAAUUCAACCUUAGCGGCUUUCGGUUCGGUUGCAGCCGGGGUUGUUGUUGCCAUGAAGGUCGUAGCGCUGAAGUCGACUCCGCUGACCUCAGAACUGAUCACCGUGAGUCUUGUUGCAGUGGGGGCGUUUGUUCUGGGCGCACCGAAGAGCCCGUUCAACACCCAGGUGAAUCUGCAGAGGGGCCUCCUCACGGGGACGGAGCUAAUUAAAGGCAUCGGCAUGGAGACGGUCACCGCGGCAGCAGCGCCGAUCGGAGCCGGGGCGCUGGGGGCGGCAGCGUUGGGCACCGCGGCUCUGGGGAGGCUGGGAACGCUGGGAGUUCUGGUGGCCAUUGUGCUGGCUCUGGGAAGCGCUCUGAGUGGGAUGAUUGGAAAAUCACCAGCGACAACACAAGAACACACAGACUGAGUUCACAUCUGGUCACCAAACAACAACCAAAGGGAGAGAGAUGGACUGAAUGUAGCGACAGAGAAAACAACACUCCUGUAACAUCCUCAAAUCUCAAACGAUCCCAAUAAGUUCAGUGUUUCAUGGGUUUUGCUUCUUUAUGUAAUCAAAAGCACUUUAGAAACACGAUAUUGAAAAUUCAGAAGCAACCAAUGUAAAUCCAGCUGUGAAAUCACUGAAAGUAGUCCAAUCGAAAACACCAAGUUGAGUGAACACCAAAAAAUUCCAGAAUGACUCAAAAUGUGUCCAUAAUUACUUCAACUUAGUCAUAAAUAACUCAAAACCUGUUCAAUAUGAGCUAAAAAUGUCAAGAAUGACUCAAAUUUGAUCCAAAACAACUCAGAAUUUGUCAAAAAAGGAUGAAAAAUUGUCCCAAAUUACCAAAAUUUGUCCAAAGUUACUCAAAAUUGUCCAGUUGUGGACCUAUGGACUGUGUCUAUGUCUGCAUCAUGGUUCCACAUGGAGAAGAACUGAACAGAGGAAGUGGAAAAGAGUUUAUAAAAAAGAAAUAAAUGAACACAAGAAUGUCCAAAAUUACUCAAAAUUUACCAAAACUGACUCCAAACCUGUCCAACACUAGUUAAAAUUAUAUAGAAUGAUGCAAAAUGGAUCCAAAACAACCCAUAAUAUGUCAGAAAGGACUGAAAAUUUGUCCCACAUUACUAAAAUGUGGGGUUAUCAUAGCAUGCAUGGUCCUGACAGUGAAGCUCGGAGGUAUUUUACGCGUCUCUGGGGGCAAUUUAUGUCACACUGACCUGUUUUAAAGUUUGGAAAUGUGGAAAAAAUCUAUUUCCACAGUGAAACUUCUGGUGUCCACAUUUUCAACAUUUUUGGGAAAUCUUUGAACAUUUUUUGGGUGGAAAAAAUAAAUGUUAAAAAUCUUUAAGAACAUUCACAUAAAAAUCAACCAAAAUCCAGUGAAUUUCGCUGGAUUUUGGUUGAUUUUUAUGUGAACAUUCUGAAAGAAAAUAUUAGAAGUUUUACUAAUAUAUAUGGAAUCACUUUAGAUAUUUCUAGGAUUUUUUGGGAAGAUUUUUACUCAAUUUUUGAAAAUAUUUACAAGAAUUUUCUUGCCAAAUUUGGGGGAUUUUUUUUAAGGGAAACUUGGAAGGAAUUAUUGGAAUUUUCUUCCUGAAGGUUUUGCAAAUUUUCAGAAAUUUGGGGAAUUUUUUUGCUGAAUUUUUGGAUUUUUUUCAGACAAGGAAACAAUAUUUUUUGGUGCCUGUAAAUGAGGACAACAGGAGGAUUAAUAUCAUAAAUCUAAACUGUCGGUUUUUAAUUUGACAUCAGAACAAAUAUUGUUCUACUCAGAAGUAAUCUGAUUACUCUAAGCUGUUAUAGUUUUUGAAUUGUUUGACAUUUCAGUGAUGUUGCUCUAGUUUUGCUUUUCUGCACGUCAGUAAUUUAAUCUGAUUUCAAACUGUUUAACUGUCCUGUAAUGUGAUGUUUUGUCUGUUUUACACCAACAGUUUUGUUGUCAUAAAUCUGUUUUGUGCCUCCUAGUGUUGAAUUAAAGGUUAGUUUGUUCACUUAAA